UGACGCGUCAUCAGGAAAACAUGGCGGCGCGCAUCACCAGAGCUGCAAAACGACUUGUCCCACAGGAGCGCGGUUGGCUCUUGCCCACAGUCUGGCGGUUGUAUCCCGAAGCAUGGCGUCAUCACCACCACUCUGCAGGCUCCUCGCUGCACUACAUACCCCGCAGGGCAGUUCUCUACUGCCCUGGCAAUGAUGAGCGCAAAUUGAAGAAGCUAGCCUCGCUGGACGUCGACUGCGCUGUGUUGGACUGCGAGGAUGGCGUUGCCCUCAGCAAAAAGACAGAAGCCAGGGAGACCAUUCCCAGGAUGCUGGAAGAACUGGACCUGGGCCGGACAGAGAAGUGUGUGAGGGUGAACUCGGUGUCCAGUGGCUUAGCCGAGGCCGACCUUCAGGUCAUUCUGCAGGCUAAAGUUCUCCCUCCUGCCAUCAUGCUGCCCAAAGUGGAGGACACACAGGAAGUGCAGUGGUUUGUUGACAGGUUUCAGCGCAACUUGAAAGGACGGCCACUGACGGGACCCAUUCGCCUCGUCACCUUUGUGGAAACCGCUGUGGGCCUGCUCAAUUUUAAGGCAGUGUGUGAGGAAAUUCGCCAUCUUGCUCCGAAGGCUGGUCUUCACCACGACGGCGUGGUGUUUGGCUCUGAUGACUUCUGUGCCAGCAUAGGUGCCACGCGCACCAAGGAUGCCAGAGAGCUCCUUUAUGCAAGGCAGAAGGUGGUGGUGACCACCAAAGCAUUUGGACUACAGGCCAUCGACCUGGUCUACAUUGACUACAAAGACGUCGAGGGCCUGAGGCAACAGGCCAGAGAAGGAGCUCUCAUGGGAUUCACAGGUAAACAGGUUAUCCAUCCAGGGCAGGUCCAGGCUGUGCAGGAAGAGUUCUCCCCGACUCAGGAGAGGGUUCAGUGGGCCAAAGAGCUCAUUGCUGCGUUUGACCAGCAUCAAAAGGAGGGAAAGGGCGCGUUCACCUUCCGCGGCAGCAUGAUUGACAUGCCCUCGCUGAAGCAGGCCCAGAACAUCGUAACGCUCUCGGACGCGGUGCCAAAACAAUAAACCAGCCCGGUGAGAAGGAAUGGGAGGAACCGCACAACUGAGCUCUGACGGGAGAUGUCAAACGGGAAAAAAUGGGAAAAAAAACUUUUCGACCGAUGUCUUGUGGCAAACUGUGUGUUUUAAUUUAGGAUUUUAAUGACUAGUUAAUUGCUUUGAUUUAAUUCAGCUGAUUUUUGUGACUGUCCCCGUGCUGCGGCUCACAUUUGGACUGCAUCUUCACAUAUUUCAGCACAUAGUGAAUGUCAACUGCAUUUGUCCCUUGCAAGGAUUAUGGCGCUGUGUGUCUUUCUCGACUCGCUCUGCAGUGUGUGUGAGCCAUCAUGUCACACCCCUGUGUGUGUGUGUGUGUGUGUGUGUGUGUGUGUUUUUGCGUGCGCGCGCGCGCCCAUGGCCACCAUCUCUCCUAGGUCAUGAUGAAUGCUCUCCCAUCUCCAUGGUCCAGGCAGCUGGGCAAAAGGGUAAACAAACACAACAAGCCACUGUUGUGGAACCUAUUCAUUGGGCCCCAGUCUUCCAGUCAGGCCUCAGCCCCCCUACCCGGGGCCUGACUCACAAACAUCAAAGUCCCGCUCGCUUAAAAACAACACAGAUGGAAGUGCGUAAACUUGCGAUUUGGCUUUUUUUUUUUUUUUGUGCCAUUCUCUUUAGCAAAGUCAUGCGGCUCUUUCUGCGGCGGCCGUGAGCCUGUGGUUGAUGGUGUGUUGAUGGAGAAGGCGUGUGGCGUCGGACACACCAUGACCUGGGCAAAACACGAACACUAGUCUGCUGCAGCAUUCUUAAACUCUUUUUCUUUUUCUUUUUUUUUCCCCCCGCGUCAGCACCUUCGACAACUUUUUAAUCUCGUUAACAUGAAGAAACUUGAAAAUGAACUCCUUAAUGAGUUCGGUAAAGAAGUUUUUCUGUCACAAUUGAAGGUACAAAGGGGCUUUGUGGAGCACUUGUCCACGUCUGACUUGCAGAGACAGUGAAGUGGGUGUGAUGUUAGAAUGAGACAGAUUAGUGGCCAUGUUGCUCCAGCAGACCAGGACUGAGGCUUUGUCUCUCUGACUGUGGAUGGGAGGAUAAUUGGGGGGGUGUUGAAUGGUUAAUAGUGCCAUUGGUGACCAUGGUAAUGAAAGGCGCCAUACCUCCUCUACCCCACCUCAUCCACUCAUCUCUCUCUCCCUCUCUCCCUCUCUCUUACUGUAUGAUCUAUUGUGUCUGGGGCAGGGCUGGUGUCUGUGCCAGGCCAGGCCAGACAAAAAGAUCGAAACCACUCCUGCGUCCAGCCAGAGACCCGAACAGUAAGCUGUCUCUUUGGCAUUUGGCCACAUAUUUCUCUCACCCCUGCUUCACUUUUUUUAUUUAUUUUUUUCCCAUCACGAAGAUGCGUUCAGCUUGUUUGUUUGUUUUCAAGGGUUGGUGGACGUAAAUCCAACUAUCUGUGACUUCCAUCAAAUACAUUUAAAAAGUAUUAGUUUGUAAAGCAAUGGCGAACUUUAAAAGAGACCUUAGACAGGUGCACUUAUGAACUUGGAAGAUGUAAAUUGUGUAAUAGGGUUGCGAACGAAAAUGAAAUCUGAAUCUUGUGUGAAUAAGUUCCAUUUUGAUGCGUUUCCCAUUGAUUUGAGAAUGUCAGCUCAUCAUGUUCAGUACUUAGUCACAUUAAAGCAAGAUUCCCUUGCCUGA